CAGCACUUGUUUCUGUAUAGGGUUUUAGCAUAUUUUUGUUUCUCUCAUUUUCAUUUCGACUAUGUCCCUUUUCCGCCUCCUCCUCCUCCGCUCCAUCAACCGAGACCCUCCCAAGCCCGCCGCUUCUCUUCUCCUCACCCACUUCUUCCACAAUGUAGCGCUUAACCCUGCUUCCGAAAAUCCAAUCCAAGGUCCUCCCACCCCUCCCCCACCCCAACGCUCCUACGCCUUCACUUCAGCAGAAGAAGCCGCUGCUGAACGCCGCCGGCGCAAGCGCCGUUUGCGAAUUGAGCCUCCGAUACAUGCCCUUCGUGCCUCUGCCCCCUCUGCUCCUCCCACUCGUGACCCUAAUGCCCCAAGACUUCCAGACAGCACCUCAGCCCUCGUUGGCCAUCGCCUUAACCUUCACAACCGUGUUCAGUCGCUUAUUCGCGCCUCCGACCUAGACGCCGCCUCUCUUCUUGCUCGCUCCUCCGUGUUCUCCUCUACUCGUCCCACCGUCUUCACUUGUAACGCUAUCAUCGCGGCCAUGUACCGCAACAAACGCUUCAACGAGGCAAUUGCUCUUUUUCAUUUUUUCUUUAAGCAAUCUGAUCUUGUUCCAAAUGUUGUUUCUUACAACAAUUUGAUUAAUACCCAUUGCGAUAGGGGUGAAGUUGAUAUUGCUAUCCAAGUUUACCACGAGAUUUUGGAAAAGGCACCUUUUAACCCCUCUCCGGUGACGUAUAGGCACUUGACCAAGGGCUUGAUCGAUGCUGGGAGGAUAGGGGAAGCUGUGGAUCUGCUGAGGGAGAUGUUGAAUAAAGGGCACGGUGCCGACUCUUUGGUUUUCAACAACCUUAUAUCAGGGUUUUUGAAUUUGGGGAAUUUGGACAAAGCCAAUGAGUUGUUUGAUGAGUUGAAAGAGCGUUGUUUGGUUUAUGACGGGGUUGUCAAUGCUACGUUUAUGGAAUGGUGGUUUAAUCAGGGAAAAGAUAAGGAGGCCAUGGAGUCGUAUAAGUCGUUGUUGGAUAGGAAAUUUAAGAUGCCUCCUCCUACUUGUAAUACCCUUUUGGAGGUUUUGCUUAAACAUGGGAAGACCAAAGAAGCUUGGACCUUGUUCGAAGAUAUGUUGGAUAAUCAUACCCCUCCUAACACACAGGCGGUGAAUUCAGAUACUUUCAAUAUCAUGGUGAAUGAGUGUUUCAAGUUGGGGAACAUUGAGGAGGCCAUUAAAACAUUUAAGAAGGUAGGAACGAAGCCUGGAUCCAAGCCUUUUGCUAUGGACGUGGCUGGUUAUAAUAAUAUUAUUACAAGGUUUUGUGAACAUGGGAUGCUAUCUGAGGCGGAGAAGUUUUUUCAAGAAUUGUGUGGCAAGUCUUUGACACCAGAUGUUCCAAUGUAUAGAACCAUGAUUGACGCAUACUUGAAAGCAGGGCGGGUUGAUGAUGCUCUGCGGUCUUUUACCAAGAUGGUCGAGACUGGUUUGAGGGUGGUUGCCAGUUUUGGAACCAGGGUUUUCAGUGAAUUUCUAAAGAAUGGUAAGAACUUGGAAGUAGCCACACUUUUGGCGAAAAUGGGGGAGAAAGAGCCUAAACCAGAUGCCUCUAUUUAUGAUGUUGUAGUCAGAGGGCUUUGCAAUGCUGAUGAGCUAGACAAAAGCCUAGAUGUUCUGGACCAGAUGAUGAAGUAUUCCAUCGGUGUUACUCCUGCAUUGCAGGAGUUCGUGCGUGGAGCUUUUGGGAAAGUUGGGAGGAAUGAAGAACUUGAUAGAGUUUUAAAUGAAAAUAGGUGGAGAUUCCCUGGGCGUCAACCUCGACCUUUUGGACAGUCACCACGGUCACCCUCUGGACCUGCUGAGAUGGGUGAAUGGCAGUCAUCAGGUCCUCCACAAAUGGCAGGUGGACAGCAAUUUUCAGGAGCUUCUCAAAUGCCAGGACAGCAGUCAUUGUCAUGGAGAUCAACUUAGAUAUUGAUGCAGGGUGAAAGGUUUCGUUCAGUUUGUCACCCUGGAACUGAUCACGUUUGCGCAUCUGUUUUUGUGAUGGUUUAGCUAUUCUUGUAUUGGAGGAGAUCUCUCAAAUAUAUUUGAAAGUUUGAUACAAUAGCUUUGUGCCUUGUUUGACUUCUCUAUUAAUUCUAUGCCAAAAAUUGUAUUAGAACUGCUUAUUAUUUGUCAUUGGGUUGAGUAAUAACACUAAUCAUCAGUCAGGAUGCCUGGCAGAGCUAUUUAAGGUUUA